ACCCAUUUGAGCUUCACUGGCUCUUUUGAACAGAAGCCUUUCUCAGUUUUUACUUGGUUCAGUGAACAAGGUUACUGUUUAGAAACAGUGGCUGUAGAGUCGUAUGUCUCCUCACUCUUUUGCCUUCCUCCUGCGUGUACCUUGAGCCGUGUGAGAGAUGAUACUUGGGAUGAUUAAACGGCCUCUUCGCUGAUGGCUUGGUCUUUGCCCGGCUGAGGAACUCAAAUCAGGAAGAUAGAAUAUGUUGCAGCAUAUUCAAGAAAGAAGAAUUUUAGGAUGGAAGACACUAAGCUGGCCUCGCCUGAUGGCAACAAAGUGCAAGAUAAGAAAACCGCGGCCUCCAACCGGCCUUCUUCUGCUAUUUCAGGACAAAAUAGCAACCACACAGGAAAUAAACCAGACCCUCCACCAGUGCUGCGCGUUGACGACCGGCAGCGGCUGGCAAGGGAGCGACGUGAGGAGCGGGAGAAGCAGCUAGCUGCAAGAGAAAUAAUCUGGUUAGAGAGAGAAGAGCGGGCCAGGCAGCACUACGAAAAGCACCUGGAGGAGCGGAAGAAGAAGUUAGAAGAGCAGAGGCUGAAGGAGGAACGUAGGAGGGCUGCUGUGGAGGAGAAGCGAAGGCAGAGGCUCGAGGAGGACAAGGAACGCCAUGAAGCCGUUGUACGACGUACAAUGGAAAGGAGCCAGAAGCCAAAACAGAAGCAUAACCGGUGGUCAUGGGGAGGUCCUCUCCACGGGAGCCCCAGUAUCCACAGCGCAGAUCCAGACAGGCGGUCAGUUUCCACCAUGAAUCUUUCGAAACAUGUUGAUCCCGUCAUUAGCAAGCGGCUCUCCUCUUCAUCUGCAACUUUACUAAAUUCUCCAGAUAGAGCUCGCCGCCUGCAGCUCAGCCCAUGGGAGAGCAGCGUGGUUAACAGAUUGCUGACGCCCACACAUUCGUUCCUGGCCAGAAGUAAAAGCACAGCUGCCUUGUCUGGAGAUACAGCAUCUUGCAGCCCCAUCAACAUCAUGCCCUACAAAGCUGCACACUCUAGAAAUCCGAUGGAGCGACCAAAAUUCUUUGUAACACCACCGGAGGGCUCCACGCGAAGGAGGACUGUUCACGGCACAGCGGGCUAUAAAAGAGAGAGGGAGAGAGAAAACAUACCCUUCCACCUCACACCCGGCAUCCAAAGGGCUCUAUCUCCAUCUCGUCCCAAAGCCAGAUCACCAGCUUCCUCCCGACUUUGGCUCCCAUCCAAGUCCUUUCCCCAUUUGCCUGGCACCCCCAGACCAGCAUCCUCCAUGCCUCCUGGACCAGUCAAACCUGCCCCUGCUCAGGUCCGGCCCCCCUCGCCUGGCAACAUCCGCCCCAUCAAGAGAGAAGUCAGAGUGGAACCUGAGAGAAAAGACCCUGAGAAGGAACCUCAGAAAGUUGCCAAUGAGCCCUCACUAAAGGGCAGGGCACUUUUGGUGAAGGUAGAAGAAGCCACAGUUGAAGAGGGGACACCCGUCGAACCAGAGGUUGCUCCUGCUGCUCCGGAGGCAGCCUCAGCGCCAGCCUCCGCUCCAGCCUCCACUCCGGCCCCGUCAUCCACUGUGACUGCCAGCGCUUCUCUGAAGACCUCUGCGGGCACCACUGACCCGGAAGAGGCCACGAGGCUGCUAGCUGAGAAGAGGCGGCUGGCCCGAGAGCACAGGGAGAAGGAGGAAAGGGAGAAGAGGGAGACGGAAGAGCUCGAAAGACAAAAGCGAGAAGAAUUGGCCCAAAGGGUGGCUGAAGAGAGAACCCGCCGAGAGGAGGAGGCCCGCCAGCUGGAAGCUCAGCAAGCCAGGGAGAGAGAAGAGCAGCUGCGGCGGCAGGAGGAGGGGCGGGUCCGGCGCGAGCGGGAGGAGAUGGAGCGCCUCCAGAAACAGAAAGAAGAAGAAGCUCGUGUUCGGGAAGAAGCAGAGAGGGUCCGGCAGGAACGGGAGAAGCAUUUCCAGAGAGAAGAGCAGGAGCGCCUGGAGAGGAAGAAGCGACUUGAGGAGAUAAUGAAAAGAACCAGAAGAACAGAAGCUUCAGAUAAGAAAACUGUUGAUCAGAGAAAUGGAGAUAUAACCAAGGGAGCGCUCAUUAGAGGAACAGCGGUGUCUGCACUUCCAAAUACGACAAACUCUCCAGGACAAGGAGAACCAGUAGCCAGCCCCCAUGUGGUUACCUCACAUCAAUCAGAAGUGACUGUGGAGAGUACUCCCAAUUUGGAAAAACAACCAAAUGAAAAUGGAAUAUCAGUUCAGAAUGAAAAUUUUGAAGAAAUUAUAAAUUUACCCAUUGGAUCUAAACCAUCCAGAUUAGACGUCACCAACAGCGAGAGUCCAGACAUUCCUUUGAAUCCUAUUUUGGCCUUUGGUGAUGAAGGGACACUUGGACCCCUGCCUCAGGUAGAUGGUGUUCAAACACAACAGACAGCAGAAGUUAUAUGAGCAUUUCUUCUGAAGAACCAAAGCAGACAUUUAAUAAGAAUUUCUACAAUUAAUGGAAUCCCUUCCAUGCUACAAAGGAGCAUCUCCCCUUCCUCCAGUUUUCUAAAGAUUUCUUGACCAUCAUUUUGAAAAGACUUUAUUAAAACCAGCUAAAGACAACAGACUGGAUAGCUUUUCUAAUAAUUUUUGCCAGUAGAGAAAAAGAAAUCCUCCCCUGUUCUUCAGUACUUUAAAAUGGCUUUUUCCAGUGUGCUCCUUCUUAGGAAAUCAAUAUUUUUCUGCAUUCUCUAAAAGAUGAGAGCAUUUGGCUGUAAAAGAAAUGGGCCGAGUAGGCAUGAUUUUUCACAUAGAUAUUUUGGACUUUAAAAGCUAACAUGUAAAAUUGGCACAAAAAUUUUUACCUUUUACAGUGUAAUACUUGAAAUAUAAGUACCUCUUGGUUCAAUAAGUAGAGUGAAUAGGAGAGAUGUUUAAAUGAAGCCUGUUUGUUUAAAUAUUAUUUAAUAGAGCAAAGAGCUCUAUUUGUAGAGGCAGAUUACCAGGUUCUUGUAAAUGCAACUUGUACAUGGACAUUCUGCAAACCCCACUGUCCCAUUCUUCUUGCAUCUUCUUUUGCAAAAGCAUACUCAACAGUUUUAAAAUGUGAAAAAAAAAAACCAUUAUUUUUUCAGAGCAAGAAAAUAAUUUACUGUCCUCUUAAAUAAUGUAUUUAUAAAGUUUUUUCAGAUAUACUAAUCAAAUAAAUUAGAACAAUGUGACAACAUUGCAGAAUUUGAUUUAUGAGAUGCAUUCCUUAUGUUACCAUGAGAGAAUGUUGUUGAUGAUUCAGGGCUAUUUCUGAAGUCUGUUUAUUGCUGCUGUCCCCAGUGAUGGUGGGACUUACCUUUGCCUUACCUGAUCACAAAUUAUUUGGAGGUGGGGGAGAAUAAAGAUUUAAUAUUUCUUUAAAUAAAAAAGAGAAUUUGGUUUUGCUCGUUUAAGAGCAAUGAAAAAAGGAUGGAAUGUGGACUGUGUUUGGCACCCAGGACACUGCAGGAUGAUACCUUCAUGAAGGUCCUUGUUCUGCGGGGCAUCCAUCAGCUUUCACCCUUCAUCCUUCUUCACUUUCGCUGCUGAGCUUGGCUGUACAAACUUGCACUUUCAUUUGAUAAUAUAAAUUCAAUUUUAUUUUACCAUUUGAGAGACUACUAAUAACUAAAUACUGAAGGAGAGAGAACACUGAGGGAACGCAUUUUUUUAUUAUGGAGUGUUUAAAAGUAAACUUCUGCCACUAGAAUGUGUUUUUAUUAAAAGUGGGAUUGAUUAAUCUAGAUUGAAUGAGGGGCUGUUCAUUUAUUGGACCAUUUCCUUAAAAUCCAAGCAUACUGUCUUUAGUAACAGCUGUAAUUUGUUAAAAAAAACAUUAAUUUGGGGUUUUUCCCUAUUCUCAGUUGUCCAUGUACACAUAGUCAUAUUA